AUGAGUACAUUAAAAGCUUUAAUUGCGCCCUCCGUGCUUGCUUCAAACACAAGUAAGUUAGCUGAAGAAACACAACGAAUGGAAGAACUUGGGGCCGACUGGAUACACUUGGAUGUAAUGGAUAUGCACUUUGUUCCUAAUUUAUCAUUUGGUCCACUUGUCAUUAACAAUUUAAAAAAAUACACAAAUAAAAUAUUCUUUGAUGUACAUUUAAUGGUUGAAAAUCCAGAAAAAUAUAUUGGGUUGUUAAAAACAUCUAAUCAAAUAACAUUUCAUUUUGAAGCAUUAAACGAAGAUACUGAAAGAUGUAUAAAAUUAGCCAAGGAAAUAAGAAACAGUAACAUUUGGUGUGGAAUUUCUGUUAAACCAAAAACAGAUAUAGAAAAAAUUGUACCGUUACUAGAUACAAAUUUAAUUAAUACAGUUUUAGUUAUGACUGUAGAACCAGGUUUUGGUGGUCAAUCAUUUAUGCAUGAUAUGAUGAACAAAGUUUCAUUUCUUAGAAAAAAGUAUCAAAACUUAAAUAUUCAAGUUGAUGGUGGUUUAAAUAUAGAAACCACUGAGAUAUCUGCGUCUCAUGGUGCAAAUAUUAUCGUUGCAGGAACUAGUAUAUUUAAUGCACAGGAUCCAAAAUUUGUUAUGGAAACUAUGAGAAAGUCAGUGCAGAAGUAUUUGCAAAACUAA